CAAAACAUCCACUCCCGCAGCAGCCUGCACCAUCAUCUUCUUCCUCACGUUCGUUCUCCUUUUUGGCUGCUUUUCGUCUGAAAUUCGUAUCAAUGUUGUUUCUUUUCAGAAGGUGUUGUUGGAUAGAACAUGGUGGAGAUUGUGUGCAUUGAUGGUGACAAGUUGUGGGCUGAUAGUGUUUUCAUCAAGCGUCACAUCCGUGUUGUGCCUAAUGGGGACACCAUCAGAAGCUGUUAUACGACACAAAUAUCGACUAAAAACCCCCUCAGCUCCUUCAACUGCUCCCAGUUCUGCUGUGUCCUCGUCGUACUUGAAACAAGAAUAUUUGUUGCAUGAUUGGUGGCUAGUGAAAGUCAUUUCGGAUUUCCAUGGCAAACGACUAGGAAUUGAAGGUUUUUCUUCCAGAGACAGAGGUGUUGUGAGAUGUUUCUCGUCUGCGCCAAUUGUCAAGAGAAUCGAUGCUGUUACUCUGGCCACUGCUGAUGGCAAGACAGUUAUGGUCCAUGGACAUCUUAAUAGGCACCGCUCUCUCCAAAAUGGCUUCUCUCAUGAGAUAUGCCAACAUUUUAUGAUCGGAUUUCCGUAUUAUUGGGAAGAAUUUGCGGGUGCAGGCGUAUCAGCUGUUGAUGAAACGGCAAUUCUAGAAGGGCAAUCAGAAAUGGAUGUUUCGGAGCAUAAAAAAGAAAGUCGACAUAAGAAGAGAGACACAAGAAACAAGUCAGAAGUAGAGGAGGACAUAAAAAGCAGCAGUGUGGACUUAGAAAUGGAAGUUUCUGAGCAUAAAAAUGAAAAUCCAAAUAAAAAGGUAGGAGGGCGAAAAGGGCGACCUAAGAAGAGAGGAAGAAGAAGUAAUUCUGAAGUAGAGGAGGGUAUGGCUAUAAAAAGCAGCAGUGUGGAGCAUACAGGUCGAUUGACGAGAAGCAAAACUCGAUUAUUACGGGAAAAGUAGGGGGUGUUUGGUAGAAUUGCAAAAAAUUAUCGAAUAGCAUUUGUUGAACCCAAUUAGGAGCAUAUCUAUGAUUAGUGUAUCAUAAAUGAUUCUUGAACUGAACGGAUUAACGGCCCCGAAUUCAAGUUGAUUCUAUUUCGCCUUAACGGUCGAGUUCUAUGGUGACGAACUCAAUGGAGUUAGUCAUACCAAAAGGAAAUGGUGAUAAGAAGAUUUGUCCUAAUGUACUUAUUGGUGCACGUAAGAGUGCACAUGGUACGGAAUGUGUCGGUCAAAUAUUCAAUAGAAAAAUAUUUUUGGUAAA